UGACUCCCAGGAGGUCAGGGACUACAUACCUCACCAGUGUCUUUCUUCAGCAGAGCUACACUGAUGAAGACUCCCAGGCAGUGACAUGCCCAGGUGAAACACUCCAGACCUAGGAGAGAAAUGGCCUCUCCUCCCUCCCCACUGUCCGAGGAAUUCCUGGACACAAAGGACACACAGGCGGAAGAGGACAGGCAGAUGGACACUCAGGCUGCUGCAUCUGAAGACCCCCAGGAUGUGACCUACGCCCAGCUGCAGAGCUUGACCCUCAGACGGGAGGCAACUGAGCCUCCUCCAUCCCAGGAAAGGGCGCCUCCAGUUGAGUCCAGCAUCUACGCCACCCUGACCAUCCACUAGCCCAGAGGGGACCCAGACCCCACAUUCCAGGGAGUCUGGAACGCAUGGGAGUUGCCCCCAGUGGACACCAUUGAACCCCAGCCAGCCUGGACCUACACCAGGAGACGCUGGAAACUUUUAGAGGUCACUCAGUUCUGCAGUAUAAAUAACUAACAUCUAUACGUUUUUGAAAUAAAGCAACAGACUCGUCAAUAA